GAGUCACACAACCCAGCGCGCCAGCCAGCCAGUCUGCCUCACACUCCCGCAGGACACGCACGCACGCACGCACACACGCACACGCCGGCACACGCACACACGCCUGCCCCUGUGUGUACGCCUCCCCUGUGCACCUGAGCCCCCCCGUGACCCCCCCCUGACCCCCCCCGGUACAGUGAUGGUGAAAAAGCCUAAAAAAGAAAUUAUGAGACAAAAGCUUCAUGUGUCGAAAAGCAAAAGAGGAACGCCACCCACGGAUGAGCUGGUCACGGUGAAGUCCGACCUGGUCCUCAUAUCAUCGGACUGGGAGGAUGACCCGAGUGGACCCGUAUCCGCCUCCGCCGCUGCCAGGUCACACCCCCGAGGCCGCCUGUCUUGUAGGAGGGCUAGGCGGGCUGCUGCUGGGGAUGAUGCUGGGGCUGGUCUGGACAUCGAAGGAGGAGGAGGAAGAGGAAAAGGACGAGGAGGAGGAGAACAUGACAUCGUGGACAGUGACAGCGGGAUCACCAUCACCAACAAGGCUUCUGGUGAUGGUGGUGGUGUUGCAGGGAUGGUGAGGAGGGGGGUGGGCCUGCUGGCUAGACUGGUGACCCUUCUGCUGCUGCUGUACCUCUUCGUCUGCUCACUCAACCUGCUGUCCACUGCCUUCCGUCUGCUGGGUGGCCGCACUGCUAGCGCCAUGUUCCGCUCGGGGCCGUUGCUGGGGAGCCCUGUGGUGGGGGUGAUGGUCGGGGUGGUUGUGACGGUUCUUGUACAGUCGUCAUCCACCUCAUCAUCCAUAAUUGUGUCCAUGGUAGCGGCUGAUUUCUUGGCGGUGGAAACAGCCGUGCCUAUCAUCAUGGGAGCCAACAUUGGGACCUCUCUCACCAACACCCUCGUCAGCUUAGGACAGGCAGGUGACCGAGCCCAGUUUGAAAGGAGCUUCGCCGGGGCUGUCGUCCACGAUAUGUUCAAUUGGCUGUGUGUGGGGGUCAUGCUGCCCCUGGAGGCCGCCACGGGGUACUUACGUCACCUCAGCGGCGCCCUCCUCAACAGCUUCACUAAUUUAGGGAACGGAGGGGUUAGGAUCACGCUGCUCUCCGCCCUGACGAAGCCGCUGACGGAGAGGAUAGUGAGGCUGGACAAGAGUGUGUUGAUGGGGUGGAGUCUUGGAGAUGCAAAAUAUGAGAACUCAACCCUUCUUCUUCGCCAUUGUCCUCCUCUCUCCUCCUCCUCCUCCUCCUCUAACUCCUCCUCCUCCUCCUCUUCAUCUGUCACUUUCUCCUUUAACUCCUCCUCCUCUUCCUCUUCUUUCUCCCUCUUUGAUAAUGUCUCCUCUACUCCUGACCCCUCCUCCUCCUCCUCCCCCUCCUCCUCUUCCUCCUCUUCCUCCUCCUCUUCUGAUUCCUAUUUUGAGAUUUCUGAUAAUUCUUCUCUUCAUCUCCUUGAAUAUAACUCCUCAUACUCCUCCUCCUCCUCUUCCUCCUCCUCCUCCUCCUCCUCCUCCUCCCCUUCCGUCAACGUGUCUUCCCUGAUUCACGACUUCGAAGCUUCGGAUCUUGUUUCGUGCGGCACACUAGCAGAAGGUCUUGGUCUGGGUGAUGUGGGCGUGGGUCUUGUUCUGCUGGCCGCCGCUUUGUUUCUGCUGGCGGUGUGUCUGCUGGCUAUUGUUAGGACGCUUUCUGCUCUGCUUAGUGGUUCGGUCCGCCAUCUAGUGGAGAAAGUGGUCAACUCCGAUCUUCCAUACGUGCCCUGGCUGACCGGGUACGUGGCCAUCCUCGCUGGGGCCCUCUUCACCUUCCUCCUGCAGUCCUCCUCCAUCUUCACCUCCACGCUGACCCCUCUCGUGGGCAUGGGGGUCAUCACGGUGGAGCGGAUGUACCCCCUGACCCUGGGUUCGAACCUCGGCACCACCACUACAGCGAUCCUAGCGGCGCUCUCUGCAGAUGGCGCGACCUUGAUUCCAGCUCUUCAGAUAUCACUGGUCCAUAUGUUUUUCAACCUUAGCGGGAUCCUCAUGUGGUACCCCGUCCCCUUUCUGAGGUUUCCGAUCCCAAUGGCUCUUGCACUAGGUCGGGUCACGGCUAAGUACCGCUGGUUUGCUAUAGUUUAUAUUCUAUUGACAUUUUGCUUGAUACCCCUUUGUGUGUUUGCGAUAUCGCUUGGGGGCAACGCUGUGGCAUAUCCCGUCUUCAGCACAGUUCUAACCCUCCUAGCAGUGAUUCUAGUGGUCAAUAUAUGCCAAGCCAGAUGCCCUAAUGCCCUACCUAGCUUCCUGAGGUCAUGGGAGUGGUUGCCUUUGCCGCUGAGGUCACUGAAACCCUAUGAUGUGGUUAUGUCCAAGCUCAUGUGCUGCUGUUCGGGGCAUACGAGUAACCUGGAGUAUGACAGAGUCGCUACCACUCUCUCCCUCCCUGCGACCAUUGAGAAGAAAACCGGUACUGAAGAGCCGUCCGAGACUGUGGUGGUGGUUGACUCGAAGGAAAGGCGCUGUGGUGGUGGGUGGUGUUGCCGCGGUGGUGGUGAUAGUGGUGGUGAUAUUGGUGGUGGUGCGAGGUUCUGUGUCUGUGAUGGUGGUGGUGGUGAUAUUGGUGCUGGAGCGAAAUUCUGCGUCUGUGGUGGUGGUGGUGAGGGUGGCAAAUGUUUGUGUGUGAGCCUCGCAAAUAGUGUUAGUGGUAGUGUUAGUGGUGGUGUUAGUGGUGGUGGUGAUACUGGUGUUGGCGCUAAGUUCUGUGUCUGUGGUGGUGGUGGUGAGGGUGGUAAAUGUUUGUGUAUGACCCUCGCAAAUAGUGUUGUUAGUGGUGGUGUUAGUGGUGGUGGUGGUGGUGAUAUUGGUGUUGGAGCGAAAUUCUGCGUCUGUGGUGGUGGUGGUGAGGGUGGCAAAUGUUCUUGUGUGACCCUCGCUAAUGGUGUUGUUAGUGGUAGUGGUGUUGAAAGUGAUAAAGGAUAGGAUACCACUAGUUGCUAAAAUAGUUGUUAUAGAUCCUUUCCGUAGUCACAAAACGCCAGGGGUAUAUUGAGAUCUGACUAUUUGGUUGUUAUCUUCCUAAAAAUAUACACUACCCCCAUCAAUGACUCUCCCCAGUGGUUAUAAAGCUAAACUCACAACUGACUACAUUUUUAACUAGUCGGCAAAAACUUGUAAUAUAAAUCCGUUCCGUAGACACAAAACACCAGGGGUAUAUUGACAUUUGACUAUUUCGUUGUUAUCUUCCUAAAAAUAUACCCCACCCCCAUCAAUGACUCUCCCCAGUGGUUAUAAAGCUAAAUUCACAACUGACUACAUUUUUAACUAGUCGGCAAAAACUUGUUAUAUAAAUUCGUUCCGUAGACACAAAACGGCAGGGCUAUAUUGACAUUUGACUAAUUUCGUUGUUAUCUUCCUUAAAAUAUACACCACCCCCUUCAAUGACUCUCCCCCAGUGGUUAUAAAGUUAAAUUUACAACUGACUACAAUUUUAACUAGUCGGCAAAAACUUGUUAUAUAUAAAUCCAUUUCUUAGACAAAAAAUGGCAGGGCUAUAUUGGGAUUUGACCAUUUCGUUGUUAUCUUCCUAAAAAUAUACACCACCCACAUCAAUGACUCUUCCCCAGUGGUUAUAAAGCUAAAUUCACAACUGACUACAUUUUUAACCUGUAGGCAAAAACUAUACCCCUCAAGUUCAGGUCAUACCGUAGCUAAAAGUGUUGCCAUUAAGGCCGGAUUUAUCAAGCAAGACCUGUCGUUUGUAAUUCUUCUGGUAACACUGUUUUCUACUAGUGAUCCUUGUGUUUAGGCGGCUCCGAGGCAGUGUUACCAGAUUAUCGUAUUCACCACAUUGUAUUCAUCGUUUUUAAGCCUCAAACUCUCGUACCUACACAAAUAUCGAUAGAAAAUUAAAGUUAGCGUUAAAACUGUUCUUUAUUGAAAUUUGUUUGUUUGUUUUUGCUUUAGUUAUCGAAUCUACGAAAAUGCAAUGCGAUAAGUACGAUAGAUUGGCAACACUGCUCCGAUAUCGAUGAAGGAAGUGCUCGUCUGCUCGACACUUCUCUCUCUCUCUCUCUCUCUCUCUCUCUCUCUCUCUCUCUCUCUCUCUCUCUCUCUCUCUCUCUCUCUCUCUCUCUCUCUCUCUCUCUCUCUCUCUCUCUCUCUCUCUCUCUCUCUCUCUCUCUCUCUCUCUCUCUCUCUCUCUCUCUCCUCCACUCUCCUCUACUUUAAAUAUUUAUAGGUAGGGACUUUGCAUAUAUCGUAUUUAUUUCCUUGUUGGGUUCUGAUUAAGUGUUUUCCAAGCAAGUGUUUUCGUUCCACAAUACUACUCGUGAGCACUUGUUAGUCAUCCACCUUCUGCCUUCCCUGUCUGUAAAACUGUUUAACAUCCCAUUUAAACCUCCAACCGUGUUAGUAUCAACUGAGCAACUCUUAAAUUCACCUCCUUCAUCCGGGUGAGGUGAGGAAGCGAGGGAGGACGGAUGAGCUGUGUAUCUAUUGUAAACGCAUUUUUUGUUCUUCGGUGUAAAAAUAACAAUAUUAAAACACAUGACUGACAGAAAUCAAUCCACAUCUAUUUCUGCUUCAAAGUAGGUAUGCGGUCCCUGAAAGUCAAGAUCAAGACCAAGAUUGCUCAAUGCUCAUCAAACGUAGCGUGAGCAUCCCCGUGUGAUUAGCGCAUGUCAUGUUCCCUCAGCAGCUCACGGAAAGCUACCCCCCGAAGGUCUGGGUCCCGAGCAAAAUCGUUCCCGUGAAACCUUGAAAUACCGGCAGGGUCUACAUGAGGUCUUGGGUGUGAAGUUUUAAUGUGAAAGGGUCGCACAUGGUCGGGAAUAGGUCUUGAAACGAUCGCCGGAUGAUGAGUGCACAGUGUGAAGGGGGUCUAAAAAUCGCUGGGUUGUCGUGGUCCAGAGUCGGUACAGUUUGAAGGGGGUCUAAAAAUCGCUAGGUUGUCGUAGGCCAGAGUCGGUACAGUGUGAAGGGGGUCUAAAAAUCGCUAGGUUGUCGUGGGCCAGAGUCGGUACAGUUUGAAGGGGGUCUAAAAAUCGCUAGGUUGUCGUGGUCCAGAGUCGGUACAGUUUGAAGGGGGUCUAAAAAUCGCUGGGUUGUCGUGGUCCAGAGUCGGUACAGUUUGAAGGGGGUCUAAAAAUCGCUAGGUUGUCGUGGUCCAGAGUCGGUACAGUUUGAAGGGGGUCUAAAAAUCGCUAGGUUGUCGUAGGCCAGAGUCGGUACAGUGUGAAGGAGACCUAAAAAUCGCUAGGUUGUCGUAGGCCAGAGUCGGUACAGUGUGAAGGAGACCUAAAAAUCGCUGGGUUGUCGUAGGCCAGAGUCGGUACAGUUUGAAAGGGGUCUAAAAAUCGCUGGGUUGUCGUGGGCCAGAGUCGGCGUAGUGUGAACGGGUCCUAAGAACGUUCUGAGUGGUUGGGAGUUACCAGAAGACUUACCAACAACAGGUCUGGUAGGUUGCUUGAUGAAUCCGCCCUUGGUCUUGCCCUGCGCUCAGAUGACCCGUUAAAAGGGACUCUUACACUGGGCAAAUUUUCCGUGGAUCUUCAGUCAAACCACGAUUCCCGCUGGCGUGGUUCUCAUAUUUCCGUGGUUUUCUGACGCGUCCACGAUCUCCCAAAGCUACGGUAGAUUUCACCCAAGGACGACGGUAUUACCCACCAUCAUCAUCAUCAGCAAUAACAAGAAACAAAUGAGAAUCACUCUAGCGGAAAUCGUGGUUUGACUGAAGAUCUACGGAAAAUUUGCCCAGUGUAAUAGCCCCCGCAUUUAAGGGUAUGGAGGGGAAGAGCCUACCCGCCCUAUUGGAACAGUGGAUCAGCUGAGCGCAACAAGAAAUUGGCGCCCCACACAACAAGUCCCACAUGGUAUUCCUUCUUUUACCGGGAAAUAGCGAUCAUAGUUUAACAAAUCAUUCGUUACAGGGAAAUAAUAUGCAGAAGUGAUAAUUUAUUGGCUACACUCAUAUGCCCACAUCUUUGUUUACAAGCACUAUAAAGUCGGUUUAACAAGAACUGGCGGGGGUAAUCGUAUAGGGGUGAACUCGCGGACUUGGCAUCAUUGCUUGGGUGAUCUAUCCCGCCGUGACAUAGCAAUGAUACCAAGUCCGCAAGUCCCCUUCAGCUCUAGUGGAACCGACUAUAGCGUCCUCUCCCAACCCCCGGCCGUGUAACAACUUCGCGGGGGAUUUGGCUACACUGCCAUCUUCACGCAUGCAACUUGUUAGCUUCAUUACACGUUAUUGGGUCAAGUGAACGCAGGCUUGGUCUUGGUAUGGAGUCCCCUCUGUUACUGCGCUUUCGUCAGUCACUGGAACGGGGUUACUAUAUCGUUAAUUCUAGAAACUACAAUGUUGGUAGGCUUGGGUCGUUGUUGGUGCUGGAUAUUCUGGUAGUUAGAGCCAAUGAUGGUAGUUUGACCUGUAUAAUGGUGGUAGCUUGUGUUAGGCUCGACGGAUCGUGGUAGCACAAACUAUACUCCGAUGUUGGUAGGCUUGGGUGCUGGAAUCGUGGUAGUUUGACUUGUGAAACGGUGGUAGUUAAGGUUAGGCUCAACGGAAUGGUGGUAGCAGUCUAUAAUCCAAUGUUGGUAGGCUUGGGUGCUGGAAAUCGUGGUAGUUUGACUUGUAUAAUGGUGGUAGGUGUGAGAAUUGAAAAUGGUGGUAGAUUUGGGUUUAUAAAAUGGUGGUAGCAGAAAAAAUAUAUAUAUACCCUAUAGCCAAUGUUGGUAGUUGUGAAUAAAAUGUUGGUAGGACUGAAUAUGAUGUUGGUAGGGCUGAAUGACUCAAAAAUAGUGGUUGCCAGAUUAUAUAAAAGAAUUGUGGUAGGCCAAUAUAUGAAUUUUGGUUGUAGUGAGGCCUGGUAGGCAAUCUAUAAUGUUGGUAGGUGUGAAUAACUGAAAAUAGUGGUUGACAAAUUAUAUAAAGGAAUUGUGGUAUAUAUAACGAAUUUUGGUUGUAGUGAGUAUAAGCAAUGUUGGUAGGACUGAAUAUAUCCAAUGUUGGUAGGCCUGAAUGACUGAAAAUAGUGGUUGACAGAUUAUAUAAACGAAUUGUGGUAUAUAUAACGAAUUUUGGUUGUAGACAAUGUUGGUAGGACUGAAUCUAGCCAAUGUUGGUAGGCCUGAAUGACUAGAUAUUGGUUGCCUGAUCCCAAAAAAUGAAUUAUAGUCUAGAUAAAUGUUGGUAGGCCUGACUAACUUUAAGAAAUAUUGGUUGCCUACUUAUAUCAACAAAUUGUAGUAGAUAUAGACAAAUGUUGGUAGGCCUGACUGACUAAAAGAAAUAUUGGUCGCCUAAUUAUGAAACGAAUUGUAGUGGAUAUAGACGAAUGUUGGUAGCCCUGACUGACUAAAAUAAAUAUUGGUCUCCUAAUUAUGAAACGAAUUGUAGUGGAUGUAGACGAAUGUUGGUAGCCCUGACUGACUAAAAUAAAUAUUGGUUGCCUACUUAUAUCAACAAAUUGUAGUAGAGACGAAUGUUGGUAGCCCUGACU